AUGCACGCCACAGGUAAGCAAGCAACCUUUAUUUUAAGGGCAAAAGAUCCAUAUACCGUGCAGGAUUCCACUUUACGCGUCGCGCGUCCACCUCCUCCCUCCACGGCGACCUUCGGAAGCACUCGACGAGGCGUCUCUCCCUCCCUCCCUCUCCCUUUGGCCGAUAUGGCCUCGCUCGCAGGGCUCUCGGUCCCCUCGGAUAAGGCCGAGUUUCUCGACCUCGACGCCCUUGUUCGGGCCCUUGAUGACUGGGCUGUCAAGGGCAAAUUCUCCUUUCGGACGGAGAAGAGGGAGGCUACAAAGGCCUCCUUCAUCUGUGCAGAGAAGGAGGAUGGGUGUAGCUGGCGAUGCCGAGCUACACCCACCUUUUACGAUGAUGAUAAGGAGCCCUCGUUAUAG